AUGAGUGUAGUUAAGGUCACCUCAUACUACCCAGCCAAGGGAGCACCCAACGGCGAAGGAGAAGGCCCAAAUAAUGGACGGCAAAGUCUACAAAUGGCACAACAGUGGCCUCGACCAGAGGGAUUAGCCAAAGUCUACCAGCUAUGCUACUUACCCAACGUCACCAUAUACAACGGUCGGGUCACGCUCACGACCAAGAACCGAUCCGGGGUCUUUAGAGCAAACCUGACCACGGAAAAUCGACAAGUUGUCCCGGUCACGAGCGCCAUCAACCACGCCCAUGACCCCGUUGCCACAAACGGAGACAUGGUCUUCCUGGCGGUUAAGGUCGAAUUCAGCAAUAUUGGAGCGUUUCUAAAAGCCAACUUAGACGCUCCGAUUCCAUUGCCCCGAUGGAUACAGCAAGAAUAUCCCUACGGCAACUGGACAGUCGAGAACGAUUGGCCUUCAGAAAUCCCCAUUUUGAUGGCCAACAGAGAAAAGAGCCUAAGGCCAUUCUGGCGGUACCGAAACACGGACUACAGACAAGAUCAAUGA